AUGGUUAAAUAUUAUUGUUAUUUUUUAAUAAUUUUAUUAAUAAUAAAUAUUGUUAACUCAUUUCAUACAGAUAAAACCUAUGAUAAAAAAUUCGAAAUUCAAAGAGCAUCUUUUUUCUUUUUAACAGCAAAUGCAUAUAGAUAUUCGUUAGAGAAUGAACAAUGGUGUGAAGAGAGUAAAGUUGCAGGUGGUAGACCAUAUGUAUGGAGUGACUAUAGAAAUACCGCAAUCAGUUAUCUAGAUCUUUAUAUUGCCCUUCAAUUCGAUUCAAGUUGUGAAGAUAAGCUCGUGCAAUUAAGAAAAUGGUAUGCUGAUAAUGUAGAACAACCAACUUCGUUUGCAAAGAAUAGUGAAAUGUGGGAAAGUGAUUAUUUACCAAUGGUUACCGAUGCCUUUACCUGUGGCUUUAAUGGUAGCAAACUUGUAGACUAUGAUAUUGUUUCUCACGAUCUUCGUGAAAACUUUGACAACGAACCACUCAAACAAAAGAUCUGGCAUAUGAUUGGCCCAUAUAUGACAAGUAUUUACAAACAACGUGAAAAUGCAAAUAGAAGAUUAGAUUUGGAUGCUGGUUUAUAUAUUCCAUUCUUAGAUAAAUACACCGGUUUCCAUUAUACAAAAGAGCAACAGAUGAGAAUUGGUUUUCCAACUUAUAUGGGCCGUGCACUUUGGUACAUAUUCCAUACUUUAGCACAAAGAAUUGCCGAUAAUGAAUGUUCAGUAGAUAUCAACGACAAAUUAUUUGAAAUAGCAAAAAACUUUGUUGUUUACUUUACAAAAGGAUCUCACCCAUGUCCAAUAUGUAAAGAACAUUUUAUCAGUCGUAUCUUGGUAAAUGAUCGUUUUGCCCCUGACUCUAUUGAUAAUGAAGCCAUGCGUUAUUACCCAAUUGAACAUUUGCUAUUAGGUGGUAUUGCUGGUGAUGCACAUGCUAAAAUUUCAACUAUUAAGGCAUCAGAUAAGAAUUCAUUGGCCGCUUUCUUCUGGAUUGUUCACAAUGCCGUAACUGCCUCUGUAGAUAAUGGAUGCUCCUGCUUUACUGAAGAAAAUGAAGAUGAUAAACCAUAUAAUUGUGUUAUGGAUUACAGGUUCCAGGUUCAACAACAAUUCCCAAGACAACAAAGAUCCUAUCCAUUUAUGAAACGUUUCGAAUUUAUUUUAACACCAGACCACAACUAUACAUUAUUUGACGAUGCAAGAGACCAAUUUAGAUCAAUUUUAGGUCAAAUUAAUUCCUUAGAUACUUUUGCUUUAAGAAACGAAUUAAUUUCAUAUUGGCAAACUGGAAAAAACAUCAGUGCUGAUGGUCAAUCUAAAGUUACACAAUUAUUAGAACUAAUCAAUAAUAUGACAAACCAAUUUAUUGCAUCCAAAGUAUUAGAAAAAGUUUAUACUUAUUCAGAUACUGUUCCACUAAACUGUGAUAUAAUUUUAGAAAAGCUAGAUUCAUCCCCACAAGUAGACACUCCAACCAUUGUAUUUGAUAAAACCCCAGCAGUUUGUAAACCAUAUCUACAACCAUCAUUAUGCGACCAACAAUAUCUAUAUAGAUAUUUUACCAAACCCCCAACCAACCCAACUUCAUCAUCUGUAUUGACUACAACUAGUGGAUCAACUGCCCCAACCUCAUCAUCCACAACCUCAUCAGUUACCUCUCCACCAAGCCAAACAAAGAAUGUUGAACAAACCAGUAGUAACUCUUCCCAAUCUAUAUUCAAUUUACCAAUAUUAAAUAUUUAUUUAUUUAUUACAAUAUUUAUUAUUUUUAUGUUUAUGUAA